UGUUUGCAUUUUUGUCGUACAUCCCGUGGUCUGCGCUUCGUUUAGCAUGUAUUUUAUCAGCUUGCUGUUGGUUGUUCUUCAGUUUUAGUAGGGAAAGUUAUCCUUAUUUUUACUUUCUGUGGUAGAAAAACAUUGUGUCGAGUGGCGCCGAAGAAAAACAUGGAAAAUCCAUUGUUGCUGUAAUUUUCCACACCACUUUCUGUGUUUCCGGAAUCCAAGUAUAUGGAAUUUAUUUUCACUUUUUCCGAAGUUCCGGUACGAAGCAACACGAAGUUAGUCGCGAAUGAACUCGAAACGAAGAAAAAGUUCGUGUUGUUUUUGUUCAUUUGGUUUGGGCACACAAAGGUUCACUUUAGUAUUUUUGUGUCCGGUCCUCCCUCAACAGCAGUGGUGUGGAGCAAGGGCGGCAGUUUUGUUCGACUGAGCUACGGGAAGCAACGCACAACCGGGCAGUUAUUAAUUAUUCGUGGAUGAGCUGUUCAAGUGCAAAAACCUACGCAAAUCACAUAUUGUUUGCAUGAUACUUUUCCCCCAGCUGUGCUGGAAAUUGGUUGAUUUGGUGAAGAAUUUACAGUCCAGAUGAGUUUCAGCAGCGUUAACUUGCCAGGGCUAGGCGAGAUGGAGCAGAUCAUCUGUAGUCUGGAACGGGGAACGUUAAUCCAAAAAUUCUACCCUCGGCGGAAGCCUGAAAAGAAAACGCUGAUGCUUCGAAGAGAAACACGACAGGUAACGUGGUCUUCUCCUUCGCAAAAUAAUAGAGCCAACUUUGAGGAGGCUUUGGAGUUGCGAGAAGUGAAGGAAGUACGGCUCGGCAAAACGUCGAAAGAUUUCGAAAAAUGGCCUGAAGAGACAAAGAAGAUCGAACUCCGGAAGUGCUUCGUGGUGUUUUACGGAAGCGAGUUCAAACUACGUUCCCUUUCAGUCGUGGCCCUAUCGGAGAAAGAAUGUGACAUGUGGAUAAAAGGACUAAAAUGCAUGGUAGCCGACACAAUAGAUGCUCCCUACUGGCUACAAGUCGAACGAUGGCUUCGGAAGGAAUUCUACGCCAUGGAGAACCCACGUGAAACUGUAGCAUUGAAGGAGGUCAAAUCUUUCCUGCCAAAGGUCAAUUGUAAAAUAACUACCGCCAAACUGAACGAAGUUUUUCAUGAAGUGGAUGGCAGACGGCGAAAUGAGCUUGGAUUUGACGACUUUAGUCGACUUUACCAGAAACUCAUGACAUCUCCUAACACUGUCAACGACUAUUUCGACGGUUCUAUGUCAUACUCAAAGAAUGGACACACCGUGACACUUAAAGAGUUUCAAAAGUUCCUGUUGGAGAUGCAAAACGACUCGCUCGGACACAGCGACAAAGAUACAUCUAAUUUCAUUCGGGAGUACGUUCAAGACCCGAUUCGUGACGUGCAGGAACCGUAUCUGAAGAUUCAGGAGUUCAUAGAUUUCUUAUUUUCAAGACGAAACGAGGUUUGGAAUAGUGAAUGUAAUAAUGUUUACCAAGACAUGAACCGUCCACUUUCUCACUAUUGGAUUUCUUCAUCGCACAAUACAUAUCUUACGGGGGAUCAGUUCUCGAGCGAAUCUUCCGUAGAGGCGUACGCCCGAGCCCUGCGCAUGGGAUGUCGCUGCAUAGAAUUGGACUGCUGGGACGGUCCCGAUAACAUGCCGCUGAUCUUCCAUGGACACACGUUUACAACGAAAAUAAAAUUUCAGGAUGUUAUCAAGACAAUAAAAGAGCACGCCUUUGUUACCUCCGAGUACCCAGUGAUUCUGUCGAUCGAACAGAACUGCUCCCUAGCCCAGCAGAGAAAGAUGGCUUACGCAAUGCAGGAGGUGUUUGGUGAUAUGCUUCUGACGCAGCAGGUGGAAAAGAAUGAAAUGCAACUGCCUUCACCGCACCAGCUACGGAGAAAAAUUAUUUUGAAACACAAAAAGCUUCCGGAAAAUGGUGGAAAAGUGGAGGAUGGAGCUGUGCCCAACGAUGGUACUUUAGUGCGGGCCGACGAGACUGAAUUAGAUAUUCGGAACACCAUGAAGAAUGGCAUACUUUUCCUAGAAGAUCCAGUCGACAAAGUUUGGAAUCCACAUUUCUUUGUUUUGACACAAAACAAAUUGUUUUAUACAGAUAGCCAAAAAACGGAACGGGAAGAUGUGCGUGAUGACGAGUUUGAGAAUAACUUCUCGAGACCUAAGGAAAGCGUAACGAACGAUGAGUUACACUUCGGAGAGAAUUGGUUCCACGGAAAACUGUCCGGUGGUCGGGAGGAAGCCGAAAGUCUUCUACGCCAGUACGCUCAUCUUGGUGAUGGAACGUUCCUCGUGCGCGAGAGUGUCACAUUUGUCGGCGACUAUUGCUUGUCAUUUUGGCGUCAAGGAAAGCCUAAUCAUUGCAGGAUUAAGUUGAAGCAGGACAAAGGUGUAACAAAAUACUACUUGAUGGAGAAUAAUUUGUUUGAUAGCUUGUACAGUUUAAUAAUUCAUUACCGUCAGAACCCUCUGCGAAGCUCUGAAUUUUAUAUUACGCUGAAAGAACCGGUUCCGCAGCCGAAUAAGCAUGAGAGUAAAGAAUGGUAUCACCACAAUACAACACGUGAACAGUCGGAAAUCAUUUUGCAUCAGAUACAAACCGACGGAGCAUUCCUAGUCAGACCCAGUGAUAAAGGACCCAAUGCGUUUGUGAUUUCAUUCAGGGCCCAUAAAAAGAUCAAACAUUGUCGGAUCAAAGUCGAAGGACGAUUGUAUGGAGUGGGUGGUAUGGAUUUCGAGAGCCUGAUAGAUCUGGUCAAUUUCUACAUGAAGCAUACGCUCUACAAAAAGGUCAAGCUAACGCACCCGAUUCCAAAAGAUAUGCUGAAACGUAUUAAUACGAUGAAUGGACCUGAAGACAACGGAGCAUACAGUUAUAUGGAUCCUUCUUGCAUGAACGAGAAAAUCACAGUCAAAGCUCUUUACGAUUACAAAGCUCAACGGGAUGACGAAUUAUCUUUUUGUAAGCAUGCCAUCAUCAGUAACGUUAAGAAAAGCAAUGAACUUUGGUGGACCGGGGAUUAUGGCGGCAAAAAGCAGCACUAUUUUCCUGCGAACUACGUUCAAGAGAUCAGCACCUGCGAUAGUAAUAGCGAUGAUAGCGGUAGUGACUGCUUGAUGCUGGGAAGUCUUCAAAAAGGAUCUCUGGAUGUUCACGGGGCAGUCGUAGAUUUGACGUAUGGUCCUAUACCGGAAUUGGAACGAGUUUUACGCAUACAGAACCCUUCAAUGCAGAACGUCUUUGAAGUCGGAGUGCAAACCCAAUCCCAAGCUAUCGAAUGGAUGUGCGCAAUCAAGGAAGCUGCUCAAAACGCUAGCGCUUUAGAAAAUGAACGUAGAAAAAUGGAACGUAAUUCCCGGGUAGCGAAAGAGAUGUCCGAUAUGAUAAUUUAUUGCCGAAGUAUUCCGUUCAAAAACAGUGGCUGGUUAUUCUACGAGAUGUCCAGUUUUCCAGAGACAAAAGCAGAGAAGUAUUUUCUGCAACAAGAGUCAAGGUUGUUUGUACGAUAUCAUCGCAACCAAAUUAGUCGAGUUUAUCCGAAAGGCCAACGGCUGGAUUCAUCCAACUAUAAUCCAGUCCCAUUGUGGAACACGGGAUCUCAAAUGAUUGCGCUGAAUUUUCAGACUGCUGAUAAGCCAAUGCAAUUGAAUCAGGCCAAAUUUCGAGACAACGGUGCAUGUGGAUACAUUCUGAAACCGGACUUUAUGUUUCGCGAUGAGUUUGACCCAAACGAUCCGAACACCUUGAUCGGUGUGGAAGAAAAAGUGAUCAACAUAAGGAUUAUCGGCGCAAGGCACCUUUGCAAAGGGGGUCGAAACAUCACCAGUCCUUUAGUGGAAAUCGACUUGAUCGGUGCAACGUUCGACACCGCUGUGAAGCAUCGAACUAGAGCUGUAGCUGACAAUGGCUUUAAUCCGAUUUGGAAUGAAAUUUGCGAGUUCCGUGUUGCCAAUCCACACUUUGCCAUGCUGCGGUUCGAGGUUCAAGACGAAGACAUGUUUGGUGAGCCCAACUUUAUUGGACAAGCAGUCUUUCCCGUAAACGCACUCCGCACUGGGUAUCGAAGUGUUCCAUUGAGAAACAAAUACAGCGAAGAAUUGGAACUGGCAACUUUGCUGGUUCACAUCAGCAUCCGUACGCAAGAACAGAAUGCCAACUAUAGGUUGAGUUUACUAAGCUAAGAUCGUAGUCAAUUUACGAUAAUUUUAUCUGUCGAUUACUAUGCAUAUAAUAAUGGUGAAAUGGUAAUUCACUGGUAAUUAUGAAGACUUCAUAUGGCAAGUAUUAUUUAUUGAUCCCGCAUUCUAAACGCAACAAAACCUAAACGAACACAUGUUUAAAAGUGCCUAAUUAGUCUAACUGGAACUUUUUUAAGUAGGCUGUUGAUACAGUUUUUAUUACUGACGAAUGUAUGAAUUUUUGAACGACGUAGUUAUACAUACUGGAGAGUGUUAAUGUUGUCUUGUUUUAUAAAUGUUGAAAAGGAAUAUUGAAUGUCUAUACCACUGUACUGUCUGAAUGAUGUAUUUAUGAAAAUUAAGUGUUUUGAAUAAUAGAUUUAUCCAAAAAUAAAA